AUGGACUUCAACAAAUUACCCGAUGCAUUCAUCAAGACAGCCGAGGUCUUCGGUGUGAAGUAUAGUGCCAAUUCCAUCAGCGUGAAUGAAAAGAAGAUUAUCGAUAGGGUUGGGGGGAUUCCAAAGGAUGAAGACGUGACCAAUCUACUGCCUAUUCAAAGAAAGUUCAUUGAAGAAGCACCUGAACCACUUGUGUCUGGAGAUCAAUGGAGAUUCUAUGACAAACCGGAACAAAUUGACUUAUUGAUAAAGUGGCUAAAUCCGUGGGGAAAAAGGGAAUCACAAUUGCGAAAGGAGUUGUUACGAGUGAAAGAAGGCUUGAUAGCAAGUAUCAAUGGAAGGCGUAAAGCACUUUGGCUUGAUCAGCUACCUAAGGAAGUUUUGGAAAUUCAAUCGAACAUUGACAAGGUCAGUGAGAAGAUUCUUGGAAUGCAACAAAACGCAUCCAAGAAGAGCGACUCGGAAGACAGUGGCGAUGAGCUGAUGACUAGAAAACGUUCAAGGAGGUCGACCUAUACUCCCAACAAAAGACAGAAGACCAUGGAAGAAGCUAUGAAAAGCGGAACUCUAGAAGAACUUUUGCAACUAAAGGUGCAAUUACACGAAUCGUUGGAAGAAAAGGUUGCUGAGAAUCAUACCACCCGAGUUUUGGAAUGGAUCAAUUCAACUACACGAGAAAAUUUUGAUCGUUCAUUAUACGAAGGAGGAGACAAACCUAGACCUCGAGCCAAACGGCCUAAAAAAUGA